AUUUAAUCAUGAUGGAAUUCGUGCGUUUAUCAAAGAACAGCUUCGGUUAAAUUUCAACUUCAACCGUGUGGGGAACUAUUACAACAAAUAUGCAACAACGCCUGGAAAAGGCAUAAAUAUGCAAUAAUAUUUUAACUAACGCUAAACAUAAGAUAAUAUUUUUCCCUGAAAACACUAACUGUUGGAUUCUUAAUUUUGACAUUGACACUGACAAUUUCAUUUAAAUUGGAAUUAUUUUGUCCGUAAAUCCAAAUAUAGAUUUAUUUUGUAUUUACAAUGAUUUGCAAUUUUAUUUCUAUGUUCAGAACCGACGUAGUCACUGACCUGUUUAGAUAUAAACACACAUAAUUAUAUGCAUAUUUAUAUUUAUAGAGCGAAGUGUACGUAGUAGAACACAUGAUCUCUACUAAAAUUUAUUUCAAUUCACAGUCUUCUUCACAAUCUACAGACGCUUUGUCAAUAAAAUAAAGUCAACAGAAUGACAGCUUCAGAUAAUGGACUUGAAGGGUUUGGAGUAUUUCCGGAUGAGUUACUUCUUGAAGUCUUCCAGUUUCUACCUAUUGAAACAUUACUGACCUGUGAAAAUGUUUGCAAACACUGGAGGAAAUUAGCACGCGAUACUGCACUAUGGAGGAGAUUUGUUAUUGUUUACUCUGGAAAGCCGGGACAAAGUGAAGUAAGUGAAAAAAAUUUGGAGAUUAUCCGUAGUCAUGGAAAGUUAAUAUUCCGCUUAAAGCUGCAGUACUUGUAUAGUUAUCAAGAAAUUGAAUCAAUUUUGGAAAAAUGCAGUAAUCUUAUAUCUAUAGAGCUAGUUAUGUGCAGAUUAGGUAAAGAAUUUGAAGAAUACAUAAAUAGAUGGCCUAAUUUGAAGAAAAUUAAUUUGAAAAACUCUCUUGUUCUGACAAAUGAUGAUGUAGUAAUUAAUUAUGAUCAUUUUCAACAGCUUAAUUUCUUGGCUUUAUCAGAUUUUGGACUUUCUCCAGUAAAUUGUAAUACAUUAUUACAUUGUCCAUAUUUAAACCAUAUUCUUAUUGAAAAGAUUAAAAACUUGAGUUCAGAUUUUGUAAAAGAAUUAAUAAUGUCUAAGCAGGAAACAUUAAUUACAUUUCAUAUUUAUGGUGGUGAUUCUAUAGAUGACAAUAGCCUGCAAUUAUUAUCACAAUGUUCUAUGUUAAAAGAUUUGGCAAUAAUAAGAUGUGAAAAUCUUACGGACAAGGGCUUAAUAUCUUUAGUAAAUUUACGAAACAUUGAACAUUUACAGUUCUGGAACAACACAAAUUUUUCUGAAUUAGUUUUGCUCCAUACAAUGAGCAGUCCUAAUUUAAAAACAUUAGAAAGUUUAAGUCUAUCUCGAAUAAGAAACAUUUCACCUACAAUUGUUGAUGUUAUAUCUGAAUAUUAUAAAAAUCUUAAGUUUUUAGCUGUAUACCAGUGCCCAAGAAUUAUAAACACUGAUUAUGAGAAACAGUUAAAAUCAAAAUUCCGCAAUAUUGAUGUAGUAUUAUAUUGAAUAUAUUAAAAAUAUAUAUAU